UGUGUUGUUAAGCCAUUAAACUUCAUUUCUUUUUUUACUUUUUUCUACCAAAUUUCCAAAUUGAGUAUUUUUCUUUACUUUUUUAUCCACUUUUUAGUCAUUAAUUUGCCAAUUUAAUUUUUAUUUUUUAAACUUUUUUAAUUUUACAAACUUAAAAAAUUCCUAAAAAAUAUCCACCUUAAUUUAAAAUAUUUUCUAAGCCUAAAAAAUAGCAAAAGCAAGGCUAAAGGAGAUCCUUACCGUCCCAAGUUCCGAAAUCGAAAGUUUUAAGUCAUGCCAUUUCAAAGUCUUUCCCCCAUUCCCAAAAUCAGAAAUUUAUUUUUAAUGUUCCUCCACCUUUCUAAUUCCUCCACCCUAUCUGUUAAAUGGUCUUAAAAAAUAUAUGUGCUAAUUUAAAAUAAUUUUUAAACUAAAUAGCACUCCGUACCUCACCACAUCCGACCCUGAACUCCGACAAAAUUAUACACCGACUCCGAACGCCAACAUUCCAUCCCCGGCAAACCCCGAUCCCCGACACACCCGACCCCAACGAGGGCCAUCAAAAUAUCAACAUCAAAAAUAUUAAGACAAAAAUAGUAAAAGUAAGGCUAAAGGAGCUCCUUACCGUCCUAAGUUCAGAAAUCGAAAGUUUUAAGUCAUUCCUCCACUUUUUUUUUUAGGUAAUUAGGUAAUUUCCUAGAUUACACUCUUUAAUUCAAAAUUCGCUUCUCCUACGACUCCCCCAAUAUUUCCACCCAAAAUUCUUAUCACUCCAAAAAACAUUUUUUAAAUAAAUAUUUUUUAUUUUAAAGAAAAUUGAUAAAAAAAUAAAAAUGCAUUCCACCACCCCACAAAAUAAUCAUUUAAACAAAAAUAAAAUUAAUUUCUUUUCCUCAUUUUUGUGUAAUUAUCCUUCAACUACUACAAAAUCAUCAAUGGAAAUUAAUAAAAAUAAUAAUAAAAAUAAUAAAAUUAUUUCCUCAUUUUAUUCAUCCCCAAAAACAUUAAUUCCUCAAAAUUCUGAUAAUAAAAAUAAUAAUAAUUCUCCUCCCUCCAAUGAGAAUACAAUAAAUAAUUCAACAGAACCCCAACAAAAGGAUAAUGUAAUUCUGACAGUCAGAAUGUUAAUGCAGGGAAAGGAUGUAGGCAGCAUUAUAGGAAAGAAGGGCGAUUUUAUUAGACAAAUUAGAGAAAAUAGUGGUGCUAAAAUUAAUAUUACAGAUGGGUCUUGUCCAGAAAGAAUUGUAACAAUUUCGGGUACUUUUGCUGCCGUUGAUCAAGCCUUCACUUUGAUUGUUAGAAAAUUUGAAGAAGAUAUUCCCUCAACACAAGCUGGAGCCAUAAAGCCACCCAUUACACUUAGGCUAAUUAUACCAGCUUCACAAUGCGGUUCAUUAAUUGGAAAAGGCGGUUCAAAAAUAAGAGAAAUACGUGAUAAAACUGGUGCUUCUCUUCAAGUAGCAAACGAAAUGCUUAGCAAUUCUACAGAAAAACCAGUUACCAUAAGUGGUAACAGUGAAGCAUUAAUAGGCUGUAUGAAGCAUGUCUGUCACAUUUUACUCGAUUCCCCAGCCAAGGGUCCCACAAUUCAAUACAAACCUGUGGGUACUUUAACAAAUAUAUUAACACCUUCAACUUCGGUAUUGGCUUCUGUAGUUGCUUCUGGAGGAGGAGGGAAAUUAUUAUUGGGAGGGGCCCCUCAACAACAAUCUACUCAACAACCAACCCUUCCAUUUAUUGGAGGAUUACCCCCUUCCUUGUGGCAGCAACAAAUAUUAUUACAACAAUUACAACAACAACAAACACAGAGAAAUAUUAUUUCGAAUAAUAUUCCAUUAUUAAUCCCUCAAUCACUUCAAGAGGUAAAUUUCUUGAGUGUGUGAUUUCUAUCGUUAGAUAUUUUUGUUUUAAGCUGCAAAUAUUUAUUUAGGGGAUGGUACCUUUUUUCAGGAAUGGGUCCUUUUCUGGAUUGGAUUAUUUCUAAUUCUUUUCCGGAAAUUAAUUCUCAAGUUCCAAUAUACUCAUUUGGGUAGGAAUCGCUAUACUGACCUACCCUAAUUUAAUAUUUUUUUUAAAAAUUUGUAUAAUUUAUUUUACAAUAAAUUAUUUUAUCUUAGACCUAACCUUAGGAAUUCAGAUCAUUUUUCCAAAAAAAUUUCCAAAGUCACCUACC